CAAAUGUGAAUCACCAGUCCUAUUUCCGACCCUGCGAUGUGCAAAUCGGGAACGAGACGAUGAUGAUGAUAAGGUUAAUUAAUGUUUAGGUAAGGAAGGAAGGGAGGACAAGAGACAAGAGAGAUGCCGCUGCACGCAUUAGUGGUUCGGUUUGGUUACCAUCAUCAACUAGAACGCAAAACGAUACAUCAUUCCAUUACUGAGCUGCGCCGGCCAACGGCGGCGGCCGUCUGCCGCUGCUGCAGUCAGAGUCGGAGUUCGAGUUCGAAAAAAGCAUGGGCGGCGGUGUCACUUGGGCUUUUCAGCUCCGGCGUGGUUCUGGGCCCACUCAUAGAUGGAUUGCACUCAAGAGUCGGCCUUGUGGUUUACGAAAUUGGGGCAAUUGAUUUUGGUCCUCUUCACACCAAUAUUUGGGUACCGCCAUUGCUAGGGUUGUUUUACUGCAGCGUGGGGUUGUUGCAAUUCGCUCUCGAUGAAGCUGCCUCCGCCUCGUCACCUCCACCUCCUCCAGAUCUCGCUGCACAAAAGGCAGCCGCUUCUUUAAUAGCUUUGGUAUUGUUCAUAGAAUUGAGCGGCGAAUUGUACAGAGGUGGAGUGGCGUCGAGCGUGGAAGCUUACAUACUGUUUGCAAUGGCAGAAGCAGUGUGGUUUCUGCUUGACAGGACCUGGCUUGGUUUUGCACUUGCCUCUCUUAUUGGAAUUGCUUGCCCACUUGCAGAAAUUCCCUUCAUCAAAUUGGGAUUGUGGCACUACCCUGGAUCAAAUAUUGAGAUAUUCGGAGAGCUUGUAGGUGGUGCUUUAAUGCUUGUGCAGGGAUUGGUGACGUGGACGAUGACGUGCUAUUUUGUGUAUACACCAUUCUUGUUAAACUUCUCCCGAUGGCUCAGAUCAAUAUGCAUAAAGAGGGUUUAAUGUAAAAUAUAUUUAGAUUUAUAUUUGUCGAAAAAAAUAUAUAUUUUUUUUAUAAAAUAUAUCAUUAAAUAUUA